AUGGCUACGAACUUGGGCGAGGCGCAGCGUGCGCGCAGCUCAAAGCUGCUCUCGCUAAAGGCGGAGCCGCUGCGCGUGGGCAUCUGCGGCUGGCUGGGUUCGCGCUCGGUGACGCCGCGCGGCCUCAACGCGAGUUUUGUGAACAAGCUGCUUUCCGUGGAGGGCAUCGUCACGAAGGCGACGCACGUCAACGCGCGCAUGUUGAAGGCCGUGUACUUUGCGUCGAACCGAGAUCGCUACGUCGUGGUGGAACAUCCGGACCCUAUUUCGGUGAAGCCGCGCGCGCUGCAGUCCGCGACUGCAGUCUACGACCUCACGCGCGAUCAGGAGGGCGCACUGCUAGAUUUGGAGUACGGACUGAGCCACUUUCGCAACCUGCAGGUGAUCACGCUGCAGGAAGUGCCCGAGACGUGUCCCGCGGGGCACUUGCCGCGCUCGAUCGACGUGGUUUGCGAGAGCGACUUGGUCGACUGCUGCACCCCCGGGAACCGCGUGUGCGUCACGGGCGUGCUGCGAUGUGCGACCAACAAGAAGCAGCGCACCGUCGGCUCGCACGCGCGACACUACAUCGUCGCGAACCACCUGGCGCAGAUAGGCAUUAGGCACGUCGACACCAGCUUCACCGACGCGCAGUUCGCGCAGCUCAAGGAGAUCGCCGAGCACCCGCGCACGCUCACGCUGCUCGCGCACAGCAUCUGUCCGUCGAUUUGCGGGCACAUCAACAUCCGCAAGGCGCUCGCGCUGCAGCUGGCCGGCGGUCGCUCGUGCACUUCGAGCGGCGAUAACAUUCGGCUGCGCGGCGACAUUCACGUUUUGCUGAUCGGCGACCCUUCUUGCGGCAAGUCGCAAAUGCUGCGCUUCAUGAUGAAGCUUGCCAACCUGAGCAUCAGCACGACGGGCCGCGGCAGCAGCGCGGUCGGACUCACCGCCGCCGUGAUUGUCGACCCGGAGACCGGCGGUCGGCGGCUCGAGGCCGGCGCCAUGGUGCUCGCGGACGGCGGGCUCGUGUGCAUCGACGAGUUCGACAAGAUGAACGACGACGACCGCGUGGCGGUGCACGAAAUCAUGGAGCAGCAGAGUGUCAGCAUCAAUAAAGCAGGGCUCAGCGCCACGCUGAACGCGCGCACCAGCGUGCUCGCCGCUGCGAACCCGCUUCACGGCACAUUCAACCAAAACGUCGACGUGCUGAAGCAGGUCAACUUCCCCGACUCGCUGCUGAGUCGCUUCGACCUGAUCUUUUACGUGCUCGAGUCGCUGGACUCUGCGACUGACAAGCGCAUCGCGCGGCAGGUGCUUGCGCAGAUGCGCCAAGCGAUUUAA